AUGUCCCGUAAGCUUACUUUCAUCCCUGGCCCUGUCGAGUUCAGCGAUGCCGUCUUGAACGCCAUGUCUACUCCGUCGCAGUCACACAGCUCCCCCGAGUUCACGCAGGUGUUCCAGGAGGCGCUCAAGAACACCAGAAAGGUGUUCAAGUCCACCGACCCAGAGACCCAGCCUUUUGUUCUGUCUGGAUCUGGUACGCUCGGCUGGGAGCUCGUUGGCGCCAAUCUGGUCUCACGCUCGGAGGCCGUGCUUGUGGUGUCCACGGGCUUCUUCUCAGAGCAUUUUGCCGAGGCUCUGCAGGUUUACACAGAUAACGUCGACAUUGUCGGUGCGGAGGUGUUUGGCGAUGCGGUUAAAUUGCCGGCUAUAGAGGCUAAGUUGAAAGCCAAGUCUUACGGCGUGAUCACCGUCACCCAAACAGACACGUCUUCAGGGGUUUUGUCGAAUGUCAAGGAGAUUGCUGCCCUGGUCAAGAAGGUGUCACCGAAUACCCUAAUUGUGGUGGAUGCCGUUUGCGCCACAGCAUGCGAGGAACUGGAAUUCGACGCAUGGGGGAUCGACUUUGUUCUCACCGGCUCGCAGAAGGCGUUGGGCUGUCCUUCUGGCCUGUCCAUCUCGUAUGCAUCCAAACGUGCCUUGGACAAGGCUUUGAAGCACAAGCCGGCUUCGUAUUAUGCGUCCAUUCCACGGUGGCUGCCAGUCAUGCGCGCCUUUGAGAAUGGAAGCCCGGCCUAUUUCGCUACCCCGGCCGUCCAGCUGGUCCAUGCGUACAACGUUGCUCUGAAGGAAGUUCUAGCUCCAUCGCUGGAAGAAAGAAUCAAAGCCCAUGCCGAGGCCUCCACCAAGUUCAAGAACAACUUGGAAAGUCUGGGCGUGAAGCUGGUGACCGUUUCGCGCGACGUGGCCGCGCACGGGCUCACAACUGCCUACUAUCCAGACGGUGUCGACGGACCUACCUUCCUCAGCAAAGUUAGAGACAACGGCUUCACCUUGGCUACCGGAAUCUAUAAAGACUACAAAGAUAAGUAUUUUAGAGUGGGACAGAUGGGAGUCAGUGCUGUGGGGGAGCGGAAACAGGAACUAGAUCAAUGUUUUGAGGCUAUUGCUAAGGCCCUUAGAGAGUCUAGAUAG